AUGACACCACUUUCACACUUGCCAUUUGAACGGAGGGCCAACUUUUAUGAGGGAAGUAUUUGUCCCACCAAGUGGUCAAGAAGUCAGAUGGUGGUGAAUGCCACGAUGUCCUUAAUGGCAAGAAUAGUCAGCUUCAGAAAAGGGGCGAAGCGCAAGAAACAACUCACCGAAUGGCGCAAGAACGAAAUCUCCACAAACUUGAGGCCACCCCAAUCUACACCCCCGUCCUGUCUACAGAGCCGCAGGCUCAUAUAG